CGCAAAUGUACCAUAGUGCUUGGUUGCAGCUGAAAUUUAAUUUCUGACAACUCUCUCUCUCUCUCUCUCUCUCUAUAUAUAUAUAUAUAUAUAGCAAAAAUACUAACCAUUCACAAUGAACCCUCCCAUGUUAUGAAAAGUUGGUAGUUUAUAUUGUAAAUCAUUCAGGGUCACUAAUAUCUCUAAUAAGUUAUAAUUUGUUAAGAAAGUUAUAAAGCUCUUAUAUUAAAAUAAGGGUAAAUUUCACUUUGCCCCAUGUACUCUAAGUCAUGUGUAGUUUACCUCCUAAUAUUUUAAAGGAAAACACUUUGGAGUUGGAAAAAACUUGGUCCGAAAUGGCUCAAAUACCUAAAAUGACGUCGUUUUGGGUAUUUUUUUUAAUUUUUUUUUCUUUCCUCUCUGAAACCGACAGAAGGAAGAAAGAGGCGUGAGAGAGAGAGAGAAGGUGAAAAGAUGGAGAGGAGGAGGAAGAGAAGGAGAAGGAGAAAAAAAAAGACGGAGAGGAAGAGAAGAAGAAAAACAGAGACGGGGAUCUGUAUACACACAGAGGAGACCAAUACUGUACACAAUGGUGCCUGUGCACAACCUAUGUCACUGGAAUUAUAAUAGCAUUGCUUCUUGUUGAUUGAAUGCAAAUGCUAGAAAGAGGGCUUUGUCUGAGAGGAAGACAACAGUUGUUGAGGGGAAACAACACUGCAGCCCUCCCCAUGGGUGUGAAAGAGAAAGGCAACUGAUGAGGGGUGUAUUCAACUCCACACAAUCAAUGGUUCUCAUUCGUCUUGAUCAAACUCCGCCAACUCGAUCAAGAUUCUCCACUGCUGUUUUCCGGUACUCGGUCGUGGAGAUGAACGGUUCCAACACUUGCAAGAACGGUGGUUGUUCCAUUCACUGCAAGCUUGAUGGCCAAACAUUGAGGUCAUGUCCUGCUGAUAUCAUAGUAUUCAAGAACUUGACAGUAAAUCAGAAACACUAUUUUGUUCUCAACAUCAGAACUUGGGAUGGAAAGAGUAACUCAUCGGCUUAUUCGUGGUUCAUUGAUACAAUACCACCAACUGCAACAAUUUUUAGCAAGCAGAGUUACACAAAUGCUGAAAAAGUAGAAAUUGAUAUCACGUUCAGUGAAGCUUGCAGUGGAUUCAAGUGUAUUAACUCAUCAAAUUGUGAUGUAAUCGUAAAUGGUCCUGCCCAUCUAGAUGCCUCUUCAUUACACAUCAUAAAACCUGACAUCAAAUAUGGCCUUAGUAUUAUUUUCUCCCAGAGAAGUAUUUAUGCUCGUGUCAUUAUUAAAAUGGCAGAUAAUUUUUGUACUGACCAGGCAGGGAACCAGUUCACGAGAACAAAUAGUUCAAUUUUCAUUGUUCACUUGGCUUCAAUGGUGGUCCUAGAUAGAAGACCAGUGCAAGUGGAUUUAUGGAUGUCUGUUCCGUCUUAUGAGUUGGUGAUUAAUGGGGUUCCAAGAACUAUAAUUGCAACUAACAAAAUGGAGGACUUGAAAGUUUUCUUGGAUUUCAGCAGUCCUAUUAUAAAUUCAACCAAACAGAUUCUAAGUGCAUUACAUGUGAAUUCGGGCAACUUUGUACCUAGUCAUAGUGGAAAUCAUGGAAAUCGAGGAUUUGUUUUUGAACUUAAGAAUAUUUCAAGUACUGAAAUAGUCAUAGUUGAACUAGAAGCUGCUUCAGUGAUUGGAAGAACAGGCACUCCUGUUUCCCCUGUUGCCCCAAUUACAUUCCUCUACGAUUCCUCUGAGCCUGGGGUAGGCUUAAGUACAAGCUCGUCGAGAGUUACAAAAGAGUCCAAUGUCAACAUAAUAAUUGAGUUUACAAAGCCAGUUUUCGGCUUUGAGGCUUCAAAGGUAGCAGUGGAAGGGGGGAGUCUCAAAAGAUUUGAAGAACAUUCAAGAGCUCUGUACUCAAUGACAGUCCAGGCAGUAUCUCAGGAUGUAUCAGUUAUUGUUCCAGCAGGACAAGUAAACGACAUAUCAGGAAACCUGAACUUGGCUUCUAAUGUGCUCAAUGUCAAGCAUUACUCGGCCCCUUCUAUAUCAAUCGCACUCCACUCGUUCAUGACUGCGGGUAUAUUAGCAACAUCACUAGCAGCUGCCAUUCUUUCACUUUCUUCUGCAAAUCUAGGAGCUGUAGGCACUCUAGCUAGUGGGGACACUGUUGUUUCUGACCCAUUAAUGAAUCUGCACGGAAUGGUGGGACACCUGCAAGUGUUUGUCCUCGCAGACUGGCUCUCAGAUUCCCUACCGGUAGAAUAUUCCGAGACAACAAAAGGUCUUAGGUGGCUUCUACCUCGUGAAAAGCUUCCAUGGAAGAAGGAAAGCUCUUCUAUGUGGCCCAACCAUUUAUAUCUGACUGAAACCAAGCUUGUAAUGAAAGAAAAUCAUUUACCCAUUGGAUUCCUAUCCCAUAAAAGAGCUUACCAUGCAUAUGAACUGAAUUUAACCUUCUCUUCUUAUUACUUGCAAGAAGGACUACCCUUUCCUACAGAAAUUUACCCCAAAAGUGGUGAGCUCCCGCAACAGCACAACAUAACCAUGAAAAACAUUCCAUAUGGGCUGCCCUUAGAUUCCAAAGAAUAUUUCAUUUAUUUUCUGCGAGGAGAGCCAUUAUCUGCUAGCAGUGUCAUUAAGAGAAUGGAGAAAUACACAGGAUGGCAGGACUUGGAGAUGAAUUUGUUCUGGCUUGGUGUGGGAGGAGUUGGUUUACUAGUAACCCACACACUGAUAUUUCUUUUCCUACGAUGGAGGAUUCGUCCAUCAGCUUACGGGAUAUUUUCAGUACCGAGGUUUGAACUCUUUCUUCUGAUUCUCAUGCUACCUUGUAUCUCUCAAUCUGCGGCUUUUGUCAUCAGAGGUGGUACAACAGGGGGAAUCCUUACUGGGACUUUGUUGCUAGCCAUCCCUGCGGGUUUCAUUUUAUCAGUAUGCCUCUUUCUUAUAAUCACUAUCUUUUCUGGGAGCUUUGCUCAGUAUACAGAAGUCAAGCACAUGCACAACAAGGAACCAUGGUAUACAAAACUGUGGCUUUUCUUCACCGGUAGGCCUACCAUUGGAAAAUGGCUUUACAGAGAAGGUCUGCCUUCAUCUUUCCUCCCACGAUUUGGGAUUCUUUUCGAGAAUCGGAGGGGUCCUCCGUUGUUAGUCUUAGUAGAUCAAAAUGACUCAAAUAGCAAACCCAAAUGGGCAGAAAGUGGCUUAAGUGGGAGCUGGUGUAAGGAGGGCUGUCAGUUCAGACGACAGUAACGAAGAAACCAAAGUUCCCAUGUCCAAGAGGCUCUUGGGAUGCACUAGAUCCUCAUAUAUCAUUCUUGAUCUUUUAAGAAGAGUCAGUUUCGGGAUAAUAGCUGGAGCUUACCCAUCAGGAGGUUUGAACCAAAGCCUUUUCACACUAACGAUCACUUUGGUACAGUUCCUGUGUCUGUUUACUCUUAAACCAUAUAUCAGCAGGGGUGUCCAUGCAGUGGAGAGUGUGUCAUUAUUGUGUGAGGCAGGCCACUUAGUGCUAUCUAUAAGUCUAAAUGGCUCAAAUUUGGUUGGGGAACAUGAAGUUGGAUAUGCAAUGCUGGGUUUCCUCUUUCUUACCUAUGUUUCUCAGAUCAUAAAUGAAUGGUAUGCCAUCAUAAAAUGCCUUCUUAGACUCUCACAGCCGCGACAGAAUUCUUUCAAGCUAGGCUUGAAAAAUGCAGCCAAGGGUCUUCUCCUCCCUUUUCUUCCAAGGAGGCAUUGGUCAAGAGUUAUUGCUGGAUCGUCCCAACCAAAAACAGGCCUGGCUCCAGUCCCUCCUUUCAAUCCAGAGACAGAAUUUGGAAGACGGAAUACAACAUCACAUCGUGAACCACUAAGUGCAAUGACUGCAACAGUGGUCCCUAUGAGCAGUCCCGGUUUAUCACCCAACUUAGACACCAUUCAGACGACAGGCUUCACAACUGCAGAGGCAACACUUAGUAGGCAUAAACCAGGAGAAGGAAAGCAACUCAAGGGACUUAAACUAGAGCCAAAGAGUGAGAUGAAGAAGUUGAGGCAGUUGGCAAGAGCAAGUUUCACGGGGGGUUCAAAUUAUGAGGAAGGCAGCACCAGCUAUGGUCCUUAGAGUGUCAAACGGCCCGAUGUCUAUGCUUGUAGGUAUCUAACAUUAUUUAGUUUCUCCUGGGCAUAUUUUUUGUGUAGUAAUAUCUCACUCGUGCCCACAAAAACAAAACAUCGGACAAGUUGUUUAGAUCAACUUGGAUUUCUCAUUUGAAUAGACAAUCAAGUUAGAGAUUCA